CGCCACACAAACAAUAAGUAGAGAGGAGAGAGAGCCAGAGGUAAAUUAAAAAUAUCUUUCUUUCCGUCUCAGUUACUCUCUCCUUUCUUUCUCCUCUCUAUCUUCAAUCUCUCAAAAAUGGCCGCCUCCACCAUCGCCAGCUCCUCUAUUGCCUCCUUUACCUCCACGGCUGCCGUCGCCACCGUCCCAUCAUCGCCACCUCCUCCGUCACCUCUGCCUUCGCCAUCCCCACCGCCUCAACUACCGCUGUUGCCACCUCCUCCACCUCCACUUCCACCACCUUCAUUGCCUUCACUAUCUGAUCCCGUCACGGGAGUCGGCGGCGCCGAGAUCCUCUCCGACGGAUCCGGUGGUAGUCGGCUGAUCCCUGUCGCUCCUCCUCCCGCUUGUACGCGAAACGAUACUGUUGGGAGAAGAAACCCCUACUUCCUCCUCGCAAUCGUCAGAUGCGACGGUCGGUAGCCGGUUCACGUUGAACCCCCGGAAGAGCCAGGAGAAAUUUCACGUUGUUUUAGUUUGGGAGAUGGCGAUCUCGAAACGAUCAGGCUGU